GCGCGCGCUCUUCAUUCACCGCACCAGCUGCAGUGCACAAUCUUACCGCAGCGACGGCCCCAACAGCAGUGGACGGCAAGAAAAGCCGGCACACACACACACGCGCGCGUAUCAACCCAGGACACGCACAACAUAAAAAACGCCAUGGCAUCCACCCCACCGUCCGCUUCCGCCGACCAACCGGUAAAGCGCAAGCGUGGCCGGCCGCCGCUGUCACCCUCCCAACGAAAGUCCAAGCCUGUCCCGACGGGGCGUCCCCGCGGUAGACCCAAGGGGAGCGGGGUCAAGAAAACUAGUAUUACCAAAACCACCACCAACAGCAGCAGCGCGGCGGCGGCGGCGGUGGCGGCGGGUGCCACCUCCAACCAAACCACCCCCAAGCGCGGCCGGGGCAGACCCAGAAAGGACGAGAGCAAACUGCUCCAGGCUGCGCUCGACAACGAGAAAGAGAAGAAGGAAGAGCAGCCCGCUCCUGCUACGCCGGCGAAACAGGACGACGGCAACGGCAACGGCAACGGCGAAGGUGAUGGUGCUGGUGGUGCUUCGUCGACUGUCAAGCGGGGCAGGGGACGGCCGAAGGGAUCGGGGAAGAAGAAGACUGCUACUAGUACUCCGACUGCGACUGCGACUGCGACGGGCACAGCUAAGCGGAAGGUCGGCGUCACCACGCCUGCGCGGGGCGGGCCGCGGAGGGGGAGGAGGUCGCUUGAUGGGCCUGGGUCUGCGGUGAAGAAUGUGGAGGUGGAGGAUCAGGGUGAGGAGGAGGAGAAUUAUGAUGAUCACGAGGAGGAGGAAGAAGAAGGGGAGGAGUAAGCUGGAGUGUUUGGCUGGAGGAGGGGAAAGGGGGGGAAGGGGUUCGCACUCCCAGCAGCGGAAAUUAAUGCGUCUGCUAGUUUGCUGAGCUGGCAGGGCUACAACUCUGCAGCUUGAGCUUAUGGCGCUCUCGCUUUCUGUCGUCGGUUGGGGCGAUAGUCCUAGGGUCUUAAUGCAGGCGGGGAGAGAGGAUACACUUAACCCUAGCUGAAGC